AUGUCAUUUAUUUUACUAAAACGCGUCUGCAUCUCUUGGUCUCGGUACGUCUGCAUCUCUUCCAAAAUUUUUUCUUUGCGUAAAAUCUCUCGGUCUCGAUACGUCCGGAUCCCCUUUUUUAUGUUUCAGUUCUUUCUUUUCUCGAAAAAGAACAUCUCUCGUAGAUUCGCAUCCCUCGGUCUCAGUAGAUUCGCAUCCCUCGGUCUCAGUAGAUUCGCAUCCCUCGGUCUCAGUAGAUUCACAUCCCUCGGUCUUGGUAUGUCUGCAUCCCUCAGUACGUCCGCAUCUCUCGGUCUCGGUACGUCCUUCUCUCGGUAUAUAGGUACGUUUCUCUCUCUCGGUCUCUGUACGUCCGCAUCUCUCGGUCUCGGUACGUCCGCAUCUCUCAGUAUGUUUGCAAUUCUUGUUCUCGGUACAUCCACAUCUCUCGGUCUCUGUACGUCCACAUCUCUUGUUAGGUUUGCAUCUCUUGGUCUCGGUAUAUCUGCAUCUCAUGGUAUGGGUACAUCUGCAUCUCUUGAUAUGUCCACAUCUCUUGGUCUUGGUACAUCCACAUCUCUUAGUAUGUCCACAUCUCUUGGUCUCAGUACGUCCACAUCUCUUAGUAUAUCCACAUCUCUUGGUCUCAGUACGUCCACAUCUCUUGGUAUUUCCACAUCUCUUGGUCUCAGUACGUCCACAUCUCUCAGUAUGUUUGCAUUUCUUGGUCUCGGUAUGUCUGCAUCUCGUGGUCUCUGUAUGUCCAUAUCUCUCUGUCUCUGUAUCUCUCGGUACAUCCGCAUCUCUUGGUCUCUCUGUUCAUAUUUUCAUAAGUUCAUAUACCUUAACUUUUGCACAAAUAUUCUUAGUUAA